CGCCUACUCGUUACCGGAUGUUUGUGACACAGUGGAUGUCAAAAAAGAAAGAAAAAAGAAGUGGGAAGUCACUGACGAGAUAGCCCUAUCACCGGAAAUAAGGGCACUGAUAGAGAAGGAAUCUGUUGCAAGUGCUACACAGUGACAGCCAGAGGACCGCCAUGUCCUCUGCCUCAGAAAUUCUGGUCGACUUCCAGGAUGACCUUGCUGUAGAUGACACCCCCAGCACUGCCUUAGACCAUCUUAAGUUGUCACCCAUGGAAGACAAGCAGUGGCCUUCCGAUGACCUGGCCAGCAUGAGCAAGUCUGAAACAGAUAUGAAACAUUUGGGUCAGGGUUCUCAUUUGGCUUGGGAUGACCCUUACUAUGACAUUGCUCGACACCAAAUCGUUGAGGUGGCCGGGGAUGACAACUUUGGCAGAAAGGUCAUAGUGUUCAGUGCCUGCCGGAUGCCUCCACACCACCAACUGGACCAUCAGAAGUUGCUGAUGUACCUGAAGCACACUUUGGACCAAUAUGUGGAGAGUGAUUACACCCUCAUCUAUUUCCACCAUGGUCUCACCAGCGAGAACAAGCCUUCCCUCAGCUGGCUCAGGGAUGCCUACCGGGAAUUUGACAGAAAAUACAAGAAGAACAUCAAAUCCCUGGUCAUAGUGCACCCCACCAUGUUUGUUAGAACACUCCUCAUCUUAUUUAAACCUCUAAUUAGCUUCAAGUUUGGACGCAAGAUUAGUUACAUCAACUACCUGAGUGAGCUAGAUGAAUUAUUGAAGUGUGAGCAGCUCGUCAUUCCAUCCCGAGUGAGAGAAUAUGAUGCAAAGAUCCGGCAGGCUUUGAAGCCUUCUGCACAGGUCCCAAAGUCUCCUCCACGCAGUCCACCUCUGCCUAAUCAGCAGUUUGGAGUUCCCCUGUCCACGCUCAAACUUAGGUCCGCAGAUCCUGAAGGCAUUCCAUUGGUAAUGCGAGAUACCAUUGAGUUCUUAAAGGAACAAGGUCUGGAGAUGGAGGGAAUAUUCCGACGGUCUGCUAAUGUCACUCUGGUGAAGACUGUUCAAGAGAAAUACAACUCUGGUGAGGAAGUAAAUUUUGGUCAGAUGGAAGAUGUGCACUUAGCUGCGGUCAUUCUGAAGACAUUCCUGAGAGAACUUCCUGAACCCCUGCUCACAUACCAGCUGUACAAUGACAUCAUCAACUUCCAAAAUGUUGAAGGCACCUCUCAAGUAGGGACCAUCCGAAACUUGCUGGCAAUGCUCCCACAAGAGAACUACGCUUCCCUGAAGUACCUCAGCCAGUUUCUAGCUGAGGUGUCAGCACGGAGUGAUGUGAACAAGAUGAACAACGCUAACCUGGCCGUGGUGUUUGGGCCCAAUCUGCUAUGGGGCCAGGAUGCUGCCAUGACACUCAGUGCCAUCGGACCCAUCAACAACUUCACAAGAACCCUAUUGGACAACCACCAAGAGGUCUUUUCUGCUUAGAACUUUACCCCACCCCAUUCCCCCCUUACUGGCCCAUCUAUGCUCUUCCUCUAUUAGAUCCAUCUCAGUGUAGCUUCGAUGUGACCCUACUCCCCUUCGUACUCUGUGUUGCCAAAUGCAUGAGUGUUGUGAGAGGCAGAGGACACACGUAAAACAAAGAUUCUAAGGGUAAAAGGACGAGUGGUCGGAGAAGAUGAGAAGAUGCAGGGAAUUUUCACCUUGAUCUGGACCAACUCAGCAAAUAAUUUUUUUGAAAUAUGAAAGGUCAAUAAUUUUGGUACUGUAAACAUGUGGACAAUCAGUUGUAGCCCUUUCCCAUUGAACUGCCUCAGCUGUUGAGAGCUGCUGUCCUAGACGAUAUUACGUUGAAGGUACUGAACAUUAGAAGUAUAAUCAGUUUUGUGGGGUGAAUAAUUGGGGUGUGAAAUUCAGCAAAUUAUUUCACGUUGAGAUGACUUUCAUAGGGCUUAUUUUUCAUUCAGGUAUGAAACAGUAGUAAUGGAUCCUCUGAAGAGACUGAAAUGUUAGUCAGGGAAUUUGUUUCCGUGUCUUAUUUUUGCAAUUACGGACAAUAAUAGCUGAUGGUUGUCUCACCUAGAUACAUAGUUUGCAUAAAAUUAUGUACACAUAUAAAGCACUAAAAUUUAAAAACUUGAAUGGUUUUUAAAUUUAUGAAUAUAUUUUAUGAUACUUGUAUACAUUGUGUAUUGCCUUGAUACCUUUUCUUUUUGUGAGCUGUAUUGACUGUACAACAUGGUAAAUCAGUCUGGGGAUGUUUGGGUUUGAGAUAUUUGAAGGGCAUGUUAUUAUCUCUAUAGAUCAUUAUAGUCUAAUCAUCUAGUUAUCUUUAUAAUGCAUUUUCCUUUCCAAAAAUAAUCAUGCUAAACAAAUCCAUCUUCUAGUAUUAUUUUAAUUUCAUGUAAGUUAUGUUUUUGUUUUGGCCUUACUCAAGGGUCAAUAUCAAUAUUUUGUAGCUUAUUCAUUUUAUCCAAAUUUAACAACUUUACUGCUUCACAGACUAUCGGUUCAGUAACCACAGGGGACCAUAUUAUGACAUGGGUUAAUGUUAAUGAUCUGGAAAGUACAUGCUGAUUUGAGAUGCACAAGGGCUGCAGAGCAUCAGUAAAAACAUUCAAAGAUUUAUGCUCUGAUUAGUCCCACUUGAUUAGUCCUACUUCCCACUGCUGUCAAAUCCACUUGCAAAGCAUGUCUGGGGCUGCUAUACUGCCCCUUGUGUAUCCAGCUAUUUCAAAAGUUCAAUAUAUUUACAUAUAUCUGGAUGAUAUAGGAUGGUAUAUCACAUCAUCCUCAUGACUGUUUGUCCACAAAUUAACAAAGUUUUAAGGCCUGUGGCAUUGGGCAGCCUGAUGGCUCACUGCUUGUACUCUCUUAAAACAUUAACUCUACUAUUUUUUCUAACAGUAGAUGUAGCAUGUUUAUAUAACUACAGACUGUAAUGAUACUGCCAAUCUGUAAAAGCAGUUCGGACCAAAAUGACUUUUGAUUAUAAAUUAUUUGAAUGAUGUGCAUCCCAAAUCUUAUAUGCAUACAGAUUAAUCAAAGCAUUCCAAAAAUUGACUUCAGAUAGGGUAUAUCUUUAGCAUCUUUAGCAUAUCUUAGCAUCUACCUGCAAGAUGUUUGUUUAGUGCUGAUCACCCUCCGUGUCACUCCAGCAAGUUCACCCCUUUGCCCCUUUAUAUCCACAUCAUUAAUCAGCUUCAACAGCUCUCCAGCCACCAUAUUGCGAGGCAGUGGUCUAGAAUAAACGUGAGCCUGGGAGCACUGGGCCAAGUUUUCCUUGGCCUGUGAUAUGACUGUGGCACCCUAGAAGAUACCUCCUAUGUUCCCUACCCAAUGCAAUAGAGAUAUUAUUGUGCAAUCACCAUUCUUGUCCUGUGUUUGAACUUGUGCUUUGUUGUGUUGUGGUGUUCUCCAAAGAUGUAGAUUCCUCCUAACCCCAGUCUGUGAAGGUGUAGUCCUUGCUCCUGGAGCAGAACUGUAGUUUUAGUCAGUGAGGACAAAGAUCUCAACAUUUAUUUAAUUGAUGGUGUGUUAAGAGUAUCUUACCUAAACACUACAGGAACACACAAUACCUAAAUCCUCUGAGUGUACAAAACACAAGAUGUGUGCAUCCAGCUUUUGAGAUCAUUCAUAUUUCCGUACAAAAGAUACAUUUUCUUGUGUCAGUCUGUGGAUGGAGUGUUUCUAUUGCUUAUCAGGCAAAGGCAUUUAAAGUGGUUUUCCUCCCUUCAAGUUGUAUUUGGAGUUUCACAAUCUUUGUCUUCAAUAAACUUAGAACAGUGCAAAUUGAAAGAGUUUGCAUCGUGUUGCACCUUGUCAGGUAGUAGAUAUUUAAAAAGCCAGAUGAAUUGUUUUCAUUAAAGUGUUGUAUGUCUCUUAUUCAAGUGAACGUAUUGUUUUCAGUGUAUGAACUCAUGUCUGUACAUCAGUGGCUUAUGUUGUUUUCUAGCUCAUCAACCUUUGUGUGUGUGUGUGCCUUAAAAAGGACAGGACAUUAUUUUAGCCAUCAAAAAAAUCAACUGAUCCAGUACCGUGGAAUUUUGUGCCAUUUGGUUUUUUACUGUAAUUCCAACACCAAUCUGUUUACCUGUGAUGUGGACAAUUUUCUGCUUGGGGAAAAAAGUGUUUCUUUAUGCGAAGAUCUUUGUUUGCAUCAAGGCUAUUCAAUUAUAAUGUUUGGCUUUUGAAAUUCUAGUUUUGUACAUCAUCUGUGGUAAGUGAAUUCAAAGAUAAAUAAACUAUAAAAGGUGAAAAA